AUGGGUUCCUCCCUGGCUUCCAUUGAAAGUGCUGCAGAAUCCAGUUUUCUGUCAUAUCGGAUUGAGCCACUUAAAAGUAAAACCGAUUUUUGGAUAGGAAUUUUCAGAAAUAUUCAAGGAACAUGGCUGUGGAUAAAUAACAGUCCAGUUUCUUUUGUCAACUGGAACACAGGAGAUCCCUCCAUUGAACGGAAUGACCGUGUAGGUUUACAGGCAUCUUCUGGGUUUUGGAGUAAUGCUCACUGCUCUUCCUACAAGGGAUUCAUUUGUAAAAGGCCAAAAAUUAUUGAUGCCAAACCUACUCAUGAAUUACUUACAACAAAAGCUGACCCAAGAAAGAUACAUCCUUCCAAACCAUCUUCCAACGUGGCCAGAGUAAUCAUUGUGAUCCUCCUGGUUUUAAUGGGUGCGGGCCUUGCUGCCUAUUUCUUUUACAAGAAAAGACGUGUGCAGCUACCUCAAGAGGGCGCCUUUGAAAACACUCUGUAUUUUAACAUUUAUUUUUUAAUAAACUUUAAGGGCGUUCUGCAGCGACCCAGCUAUAAGUUCUUCAAGUCUCCGGACGAAGAUUUCGGAGUGGUGAAGGAGGAGAUCUCGGAUGACAAUGCUAAGCUGCCCUGCUUCAAUGGCCGGGUGGUGUCCUGGCUGGUGUCCGCUGAGGGCUCACACCCAGACCCAGCCCCCUUCUGUGCUGACAGCCCAUCGAAGCUGCCACCACCUAUGGAGCGCACUGGAGGCAUCGGGGACUCCCGACCACCAUCCUUCCACCCUCAUGCCAGUGGGGGCAGCCAGGAAAACCUGGACAAUGACACAGAAACGGACUCCUUGGUGUGUGCCCAGCGAGAGCGUCCACGCCGGAGGGAUGGCCCAGAGCAUGCAGCCCGGCUCAACGGAACUGCAAAAGGGGAGCCGCAGCGAGAGCCAGGCGGUUACGACAGCUCGUCCACCCUCGUGAGCAGCGAGCUGGAGACCACCAGCUUCUUUGACUCAGAUGAGGAUGACUCCACCAGCAGGUUCAGCAGCUCCACAGAGCAGAGCAGCGCCUCACGCCUGAUGAGAAGACACAAGCGGCGGCCGCGGAAGCAGAAGGUUUCCCGGAUUGAGCGGUCCUCAUCCUUCAGCAGCAUCACGGACUCCACCGUGUCACUCAACAUCAUCACGGUCACUCUCAACAUGGAAAAAUAUAACUUCUUGGGCAUCUCCAUUGUGGGCCAAAGCAACGAGCGUGGAGACGGCGGCAUCUACAUUGGCUCUAUCAUGAAGGGUGGGGCCGUGGCUGCUGACGGGCGCAUCGAGCCAGGAGAUAUGCUGUUACAGGUAAACGAGAUCAACUUUGAGAACAUGAGUAAUGACGACGCAGUCCGGGUACUGCGGGAGAUUGUGCACAAACCGGGGCCCAUCACCCUUACUGUAGCCAAGUGCUGGGACCCAAGUCCACGUGGUUGCUUCACGUUGCCCAGGAGCGAGCCCAUCCGGCCCAUUGACCCUGCGGCCUGGGUCUCCCACACUGCAGCCAUGACGGGCACCUUCCCUGCAUACCGCAUGAGCCCCUCCCUGAGCACCAUCACCUCCACCAGCUCCUCCAUCACCAGUUCUAUCCCUGACACAGAGCGCCUAGACGACUUCCACCUGUCCAUCCACAGUGACAUGGCUGCCAUCUUAAAAGCCAUGGCCUCCCCUGAAUCAGGGUUGGAGGUCCGUGACCGCAUGUGGCUCAAGAUUACCAUCCCUAACGCUUUCAUCGGCUUGGAUGUGGUGGACUGGCUGUACCACAAUGUGGAAGGCUUCACGGACCGGAGGGAGGCCCGCAAGUAUGCCAGCAACCCGCUGAAAGCUGGCUUCAUCCGCCACACCGUCAACAAGAUCACCUUCUCCGAGCAGUGCUACUACAUCUUUGGCGACCUCUGCGGCAACAUGGCCAACCUGUCUCUCCACAAUCACGAUGGCUCCAGUGGUGCCUCUGACCAGGACACGCUGGCCCCUUUGCCGCACCCAGGGGCCGCCCCGUGGCCCAUGGCUUUCCUGUACCAGUACCCGCCACCCCCGCACCCCUACAACCAGCACCCAGGUUUCCCAGAGCUGGGCUACAGCUACAGCGGGGGCAGUGCCAGCAGUCAGCACAGCAAAGGCCGUUGGAGCAGUGGCUCCAACCAUAGCGGCAGUGAUCGGAGGAAAGAGAAGGACCCGAAGGCCGGGGACUCCAAUUCAAGGGGCAGCGGCAGCGAAUCGGACCACACGACACACAGCAGCCCGCGGGGGCCGCGGGAGCGGGCGCCCAGCGAGCGCUCAGGCCCGGCGGCCAGUGAACACAGCCACCGCAGCCACCAUCCUCUGGCCAGCAGCCUUCUCAGCCACCACACACACCCGAGCUAUGGUCCUCCCGGCGUGCCCCCUCUCUACGGCCCCAUGCUGAUGAUGCCCCCACCGCCCACGGCCAUGGGGCCCCCAGGAGCCCCUCCGGGCCGCGACCUGGCCUCAGCCCCGGAACUGACCGCCAGCAGACAGUCCUUCCUCAUGGCCAUGGGAAACCCCAGUGAGUUCUUUGUGGAUGUGAUGUGAGCAGGGCCCCUCCCCACCUCCAUUCCGCUCCCACCCUAGCCAGCUGCGUUCCUCUCCAUCCGUCCGUCUUUUUUACUUUGUUUGGUACCUGAAAGGGAAAAAAACGGAACUAAAUCAAAAAA